AGUGCUGGAAGCAGAAGGCACUACAUUUCAUUCAGCAGAUGCUGUGGUAUCGAGAUAAGCUUGGCUGGAGCUCACGUGCUGCGGCCUUCUCCUCUAGCCGGAACUUAUCGUACACUUGUUAACACACAGAUCUACAGGCUGACGUCAUCAUGUUCGGCUGGAUCAGCGGUUUCUUCACCUAUGAGACGACCAAGUCUGUGGUGGUCAAGAGCUGGUCGGUGGGAAUUAUCAAUCGUGUGGCUCAACUCCUCAUCAUCAUUUACUUUGUUGGCUGGGUGUUUCUCCAUGAGAAGGCCUAUCAGGUCCGUGACACGGGGAUCGAGUCGUCAGUCAUGACUAAAGUGAAGGGCUUCGGCUUCUUAAACAAUCAUCUAAUGGACGUAGCCGACUAUGUGAUGCCCACGCAGGGUUCCUCCAUGUUCUGCGUCAUCACCGCAAUGUUCAUUACACCCAAUCAGACGCAGAGGACAUGUCCCGAGAUUGACAAGAAUUUUAACUGCACCACUGAUAAACACUGUGAGAAACACCAGUCCACAAACGUGGCAAAUGGGAAGAUAACGGGCAAAUGUAUCACUGAGGUGGAACGGUGUGAGAUUUUAGGCUGGUGUCCAGCAGAGGACGACCAUCAGAAUAUAACCUCAAUGAGCGAGGCUGAGAACUUCACCAUCUUUAUCAAGAACAGCAUUCGCUUUCCUCUCUUUAACGUCACGAGGGGGAAUAUGGGUGAAAACACCAAUUUGAGUUGUUUCUUUGAUCCCAUUAAUAACACAGACUGCCCGAUCUUCCGCCUGGCAGACGUGCUAAAGUACGCUGGCGAGAAUUUCACAAACAUCUCACAAAAAGGAGGAGAGAUUGGAAUUAAUAUAGCCUGGAUGUGCAAUCUGGACCAGCAUGUAGACAACUGUAAACCCAAAUACACAUUCACACGUCUGGACUCUGCAUUUAAAAAAAGCAGCGCCACAAAGGGAUACAAUUUCAGGUUUGCAAAAUACUUUAAGGCAGAAGAUGGCAGUGAAUAUCGCACACUUCAUAAAGCUUUUGCUAUUCGCUUUGACAUACUUGUGUCCGGCAAUGCUGGAAAAUUUCACUUAAUCCCAACAGUAAUUAACGUUGUUGCAGCUUGCACCUCAGUCGGCCUGGCAACGGUCCUCUGUGACAUCAUCCUGUUAAACUUCCUGAAAGGAGCUAAACAAUACAAGGCGAAGAAAUUUGAAGAGGUUUCAGAUUCUGUCAGUAGGUCUCCAAGUUUUGACCACCAUCAGGGCAGCCAGAUGACAAUCAAACGGGAAGAGAAGAGCUCAGAUGACUCAGGGGCUUAUUCCAUCAGACAUCAGAUGUGAUCGACCGGACGCCUCGGCCGGCAUGAGGUUUAAAAGCCUCUGAGCCUCAUCGUACUAGUCAGAUUCGCUAUUCUGAACCUUGACACAUUUACACCAGAGGACUUCAUCAUGUUUACUGCUAUGGCCAAUUUCCUUUCCAGAAUCUCAACGUAAAUGAGGUUAUUACACGAUAACUAAAUUCGCUGAAAAUGAUCGGGACCUUAUUUUAUAAAAAAAAUUAUCAUGCAUACAUAAGCUGAAUUUCGGUGCGAGUAGGAAUUAUUGGCACCUGUGGUUAAGGAAGCUUUUAACAAGUCAGGAAAGCAAGCCAUAUUUUCAGCGUUCUAAAACGUUUUGCAUCCAGGGAGCGCUUUAGCUGUAGAAUAAACUCCAUAGACCAUCUCAGUACUGAUUUAUUUUAUGCUCAAACUAUUCAAAUGAUGAUCUGAUAUUAUUACAUACAUAACAAGCUUUCAAUAAAAGAAAGAAGUCAUACUAAAGGACUUCGGGAAGUACGGAAAAUCAGGGAGGAAGUUUUAGACCCUAUGCGCUCAGUGCUCAUGUACUUUUACCUUCUGAGUGUUUUUGAAUACUGGAAAAUCUUCCAGGGGUAUAGUAAAAAGAACAUAAUCUUUCCAGUUCUGCUUUCAUAAGAUUACAAUAAAACUGUCUGGUGUGACUCGACCGUAUCACACUCACUGCCUCUUUGACUAUGCACCUGAGCCUUAUGCUACUAUUAUAUGUAGUAGGUCUCUCGUUUCAAUAUAUUACAAUACUGUAAGAAGAUGAUUUCUUUACACUAUUCUUGCUAACAUAUUACAAAUCACAAUAACCGCAUGUUCACUGUGGUAUAUGUGCCCAAAUCCAGUCAUGUUAUUUGAUGUUAUGUGUAUGUUGAUGUUAUAUGUUUAGCUUUUAUUGAAGAACAUAGACUAAAUAAUACUAUAUAUAUAUAUAUAUAUAUAUAUAUAUAUAUAUAUAUAUAUAUAUAUAUAUAUAUAUAUAUAUAUAUAUGUAUGUAUACAUAUAACCAACCACAUUUACCAAAUACUUAUAGAACACAUGGUAAACACAAUAUCUGUGUAAAAACUGAACAAUACAUUUAAAAGUAACAUAAACUUCACGUGCAUCGUUCCCACAUGGAAGGUCAUGUCGGUUAUAAACAUGCAUUUUUCAUUAUAAUCAGUAGAUAAGUUGUUUUCUUCAGCAUUACAAAGUGUUUUAGUCAUUCAUGUUGCCUACACAAGUUAUAUACACAAAAUAUACACAAUUAAUAAACUGUUUUAUCUCU